AUGGCAUCCCGAGCAAUCAAGCUUACUCUUUACUCUUCAAGCACCUGCUCACUAUGCACGACAGCUCGAGAGAAUAUUUUGAGAGUUCAAAAAAAAGUAAAUAUCCACAAGCCUGAAUGCCCAAAGGAAAUGGCAGACAAAUACAUCUUUGAUGUUCCGGUUGUUCACAUGAACGAUCAGUUCCUUAUGCAGCAUUAUGUGCCUGAAGAAACACUUUUGGAGGCCAUCAAGAAGUUUGAAUCCACAGGCAAAGUUGAAAGAGUUGGCGCUUAA